AUGCAGGGCGUGGCGGGUGUCCUCGUAGAGCUGACACAGGAGGUGCAGGAAUUGGAGGAGUCUAUUACGAACAAGGUUCACCAGCUUAUAGCGGGGAUGACUGCGGUAGAGCACGUGCAGGGAGCAGAGGAGCAUCUGCAGAGGCUGGAGGAGAGUGUGGAGGGAAUCAGGGGACUUGUGGAAGGCCUCACAGGAAUCAGAACUUUAGACCUCCGCCACUGCAUGCGCAUCACAUGCCGGUCCAUGUACCACAUUCGCCAGCUGCAGCACCUACACACGCUCAACCUUGCCUGGGUGGCCGAUUCUGCAGCCGAUUCUGCACCUGGUGAGAGGUGGAUCAGAGCGCUGGGGCCUAUGGAGGAGCUCGCCUGGCUGAGCCUGUUCGGGUGGCGGCUGAGAGACGAAGGUGCCCUGUGUGUUGCCAGGUUCUUCCCAAACUUGAGGGCUUUGCGCUGCUCUGCUGGUGCUGGUGGCGCUAGAGGUGGUGGUUCUGGUGGUGGGUUGACCAAGGGUGGUGUGAGGAAGAUGGUAAAGUUGCCUCGCCUGGGGAAGCUCUGGCUGCUUGGAGGGUCGGAGGAGGUUAGGAAGGCAGUGAGGAAGGAUCGGCCUUGGGUUACGGUGCUCUGCUGA